AGUCCUCCUCACCACGCCGCGCAACACCAAUUCAGGUCUCCACUUUCUCUCUAGAGCUGCUGCAGCAUUCGUCGUCCCAUUCGGCGAAGCUGUGAUCCGAUCGCGUAGGGCUCCGAUCCGUACGUCGAUCCGCUGCAUGCCAAUGGCGUCGUCCACCCUCCACUUCGCCGCCGUGUUCGCCGUCUCCUUCGCCCUCCUCGUGGCGUCCGUGUCGUCGACGCCACCGGCGGUGUUCAAAGUCGGCGACGAGCGUGGGUGGGCGGUGCCGGCGAAUGGCACCGAGACGUACAACCACUGGGCCAAGAGGAACCGCGUCCAAGUCGGCGACGUCCUGAGUUUCAAGUACGCCAACAACGACUCGGUGCUGCUGGUGUCCCACGACGACUACAAGCAGUGCAGCACGGAGACGCCGGUGAGCCGGUUCUCGAGCGGCGACACCAAGUUCAAGCUCGACAGCUACGGGCCCCUCUACUUCGUCAGCGGCGCCGCCGGCCACUGCGAGGCGGGACAGCGGAUGAUCGUGCGGGUCAGGGCCCCCUCCGCACUGUACGGCUCCCCCGCGGCGGCGCCGGGGAUGCCGCCGGCCGUCAGUGGCAGAGGCGGCGGCGGCGCGCCCAGGCGCAGCCCGGUCUCCUCACCCGCCGUGCCGCCGGUCGUCGGCUCCCGUGCCGGUUCCACUGCUCCCACCCCGAGCACGAGCCCAAGUCCGAGCCCGAGCCCGAUGCCGCAGGCCAGUGGUGCGUCGUCUAGGCGCGUGCUUGGCGUCGUGUCAUCCGUUGCAGUAGGGCUUGUGGUGUUGGUUGCCAGCUCCAUCACCCUGUCCGUGGUUGCUUGAAGUUAUUAGACGUCUAGUUUGGUUUUCGGAUCCAUACUUAAUCGGUUUAAGAAGUAAUGUUAGCUUUUCGAGAUCUCUAGGUGAAGUACGUCUCGGUUAGAAUUGGUAGGGGCCACUGGCCAGUCGCAUGCUUGUUAUUGUCAGGGUGAAAGACUUGUGUAAUGCAAUAAAUGAUGAUUUAUCUACGGUUGUCAUCAGCUUAAUUUAUUUUGUCGUGCAACCUGCGACGUAGA